GUGGCAUUCACAUCAAAACGCUCAUGUGGUAACAUCCAGCAUCGCUUGGCUUCCCCUGCACACUGGCCUGAGUCCAGGGAUUUGAAGUAGACAGGACAGACAGACAGUGAGAAAGAGAGACAAAGUGCAUGUAUGCUGGAGAGAGAUAAGUGAGUUGAGAAGUAGGAGGGGAAAAGAACAGAGAUCUAAAGAAACGGAGAAUCAGGUGAAAAAGCUCUAAUAAGGAAUCUAGAAGAACCAGUGGUGAAGAAAAGUUGAUUAGCUGACUGUACACUACAAAUUCACUGAGAUGGCAGCCAUGGAAGCACUGGAAUCCUCAAGUGCCCAUUUCGAGCCUCAAACCCUCACUGAGAUCUCAGACGAUGAGGUAAACCUCCCACCCUCAGAUGACGAAGACGAUACCCAUGUCCCAGCCAAGAAAGAGGUGUCCACCAUGAGCACAGAGGGGGAUGUCGCCGAAGACAAGGACGAGGUGGUGAAGCUAGACCCUCAGGUAAAUGGGGUCAUGGUGCUGUCUUUGCUUGACAAGAUCAUCGGGGCAGUGGACCAAAUCCAGCAGACUCAGACCGGGCUGGAGGUCAGGCAGCAGGAGAUGGAGCGUUCAGUGACCAGCAUUCAGGGUGAGCUGACCAAACUAGCCAAGAGCCACAACACCACGUCCAACAGUGUCAAUAAGAUGAUGGAGAAGGUGCGCAAGGUGAGCGUCAAUGUCAAGACAGUGCGGGCCACCCUGGAGAAGCAAGGAGGCCAGAUCAAGAAGCUGGAGAGCAACGAGGCUGAGCUGCUUAAGAGACGCAACUUUAAAGUCAUGAUCUACCAGGAUGAAGUGAAGGUUCCUUCAAAACUCAACAUCUCUAAAUCCAUGAAGGUUUCUGAGUCUGUCUCAGGAAGCAGAGGAGGCAGUCUGUUAGAGCUCAAGGAAGCUGUGGAAGAGCCUGGAGAAGAGGGAGGGGAAGGAGAGAAGGCAGACAAACCCCAUGUAGACCUCUCAUCAGAUGAGGAGGGGGUGGAGAUUGAGGAGACCAUUGAGGAGUCUCGUGCUGAGCGCAUCAAGCGCAGCAGCCUGCAGCGCGUACAAACCCUGAAGACGGUCUUCUCAAGGGAGAAGAUGGAUAAGACCAGAGCAAAGACCAAAGAGAACCUGGAGAAGACCAGGCAAAAAACCAAGGAGAACUUGGAGAAGACAAAGCAGAAGACAAAAGAGAACUUGGAAAAGACCAGGCAGAAAACAAAGGAGAAUUUAGAGAAGACCAAGCAGAAGACCAAGGAGAACCUGGAGAAAACACGUCACAACAUUGAGAAGAAGAUGGGAAAGCUUGGAACGCGCAUGAGUGUCAACCCUGAGCGCAAGCAGAAGAUGCAGACAUCCCGUGACAAGAUGAAGAAGGCCUUCACACCAGACCAUGUCGUUUAUGCCCGGUCCAAGACUGCGGUGUACAAGGUGCCCCCCUUCACCUUCCACGUCAAGAAAAUCCGUGAGGGCGCCGUUGAGGUGGUCCAGGGCACCGAGAUGGUGGAGGUGUCCCAGGAUGUUGAGCACUUCAGUGGGGUGGAUGAGGAAGUUGAGGGUGCAGUGGAGGUUGAAAUGGAGAUGAUGAAUGGAGGAGGAGAUGACGAAGAGGCUGAGGAGGAUGAAGAGGAGGACAGCCAAGAUGCCCUGCAGGAGCAUGAAGACAGAGAUAGAGACAGCAAUUAGACAAAGAUCAAGGAAUUGGCCAAGAUCCCAAGAAAAUCCUUUUCACCAACCCUGAGGUUCUUUUGUGUAAGCUGAAUAAACUGUGGGGAUUGAGAAGAUUGCUAAAGAAUAAUUAAUUACAAAUUGAGUCUUAUUUUUAUGAGUUUGGCCAUUUUCUUACCAGUUACGAUAACAUUGUACUCACUAGAGUAAUUGGUGGGAUCUGGAAAAGAUGGGGCCAUCAAUGAAAGUUCACUGGGUCCGUCAGACGAUCAGACAGGUGGUUAACAAGCCAACAAUUUAUCCAGAUUAUCUAAACCACUUUAUUUUGAGGUAAAACAGAAAGGGCACAAAAUAUCAGUGAUAAUCCUUCAUUAAACACUAUGGUACACAAAGUACUGCAUGUAAAAGUUGAGCAGGGAGGUGGCAACAUUCAUUGGUUUUCUCUUCCAAAUAAAUUUGCCUAGACUGUGGUUUUGUUUCCAUCCUGCCUGAUUGUCUGACUGCUCAUGUCUCAUGACUCACCACACUUAGCAGGUAGACUGACCAUGGGUUGUGGCGGUCCCAGAUCCCAGCAGUUAACUUGGUAAAGACAGUGUUUAUAUUACCAAUAGGACUGGUCACCAAAACUAAUAAAAUAAGACCUCAAUUGGGGGUGAAACAUUUACAAACUGAAAUUUGACUUUAUUUGACUACAGGUUUUUCUUUAAACAUCACAAUGUAAAAGCCUGAAAAUCUCCCCAUUUUUGCAAAAGCACUUCAAGGGUUGUUUAGAGUCCAUUUGAGUUUGAGUGAUGUGAUCAACAUCAUUCCCACUGUAAGAAAGUGUAAAUUGUCAGUAUUUCCUUUCCUACUUCAUUUGUCAAAUCAAAACACUAACCACUCACAGCUAGUGGGAUUAUAAUAUGAAUAUAAACCAUCUCCUGCCCACUGAAUUUCAGCAGUGUUUGCUGAACAACAAUGAAAAUGAUCUCAUGGACUGUUGGGUAGCAGAUUCCCAAAGGCCAAAUUUCAUUCACACUCUGAGUGCAUGUUUGUAUUAAUCCAGAGAGUCCUUGUAUUUUUGGUAAUAUUAAAUAUCACAGAUUUAAAACUAUUCCUUUCAACCCCUUUGUUGUUUAAAUACUGAAGUAUUAUCUUACUCAGCUUAAUUUAGUCAUUAAUUAGAAGUACAGUUUCUCUGUUGUAUCAUUUCUAGAUUUUCAUUAGCUCACAGUUAAGUAUUUGUGUGUGAUUUUGUAUAUGAUCACAAUUUAGACUAAGUUGAUGUCAUCUCCUUUUCAUUACUGACAGAAUGUUGCCUAAUUGCUGUCUUUUCAGCACACCUUGUUUCAUGCAGUACCCUUGUGUGUAACAUUUUAUUGCCAGUGUUCCCAAAGAACAACUGGUACCCAUGAAAAUGAAGGUCUGAAAAGCAUAAGAGAGAGAUCAUUCCAUUCAGCUUAGUCCUUUACAUUUCACUCACCAAUGGUAUUCACUUUGAUCUUUUGCUCAUGAGAAUGUUCUUCUUAAAAAGUGUUUUGUGUGAAGAUGUGUUUCAUAAAUAAACUUAGAUAAGGACCAAUACUUUCAGCAAGUCUCACAAACCUCUGGGAGAACCAGUUUAGGCUCUUGUCAACACUGUAUUCUCAGGACUAUGUUUCAAAAUAAGGGUGUGUUACUGCUGCGGUCUGACACUGACCCCUAGUGUUCAGUCAUCUCGCUGUAAUAUUCUCUGCUCCAGAUUAAAGGUGUAUUUCACCAGAUCUGCAACAAAUGACAAUUUCACUCAAAUAUCUCCACAUAGGUUUACACUAUUGUCCACAUUUGUUUGCUUGGAACAAGAUAUAUAAAUGUGUUUCAUUUAUUCACCACUAUUGGUGGUAUUUCAUGAGUGCCUUGCGAGUAUUAAUUCAAGAAUUAAUGUGUUACGUUCUUAUUUUUCUAGCAUUUUCAAGAAAACUUCCAUCCACCUAAGCAUUUUCCAAAAUAACAACUAAUCCUGGUCAGGAUAGUGGUGUUUAGAAGAUCUCACAGCAUACUUUGGACUGAGGGGCCAACAUCCUGGACAGGUCAGCAGUAUAUCAAAGGGCUAACAGAGUGACAGACACAAGAUACAUUUGUGAAAAUAAAGUUUUUUAGAACUAUUGCCAAAGUUGACCACAUUGCCACAGUAUUUGUACUGUAAAAGUUUAGUUUCUAGAUCAAACACGUCACAGUUUUGUUUGUGUUACAUUUUUUGUAUAUAAUGUGAAUUACUGCCAAUGCAGCUCAGAAAGCAUUUUGAUUUGAUUUUCCUGAGAGUCUCUUGUCUCCUGCUGCCUGCACUUCUUCUGCAUUUAGCUUCUCGGGCCAAAUCAUUAUGAUCUUA